ACUGUGAGCUCCCUCUAGUGAUGCAUUAUUUGAUUUGUUCGUUUUGUUCCGCGACAUUCGCGUAUCGUAAUAUCUUCGCUAGCUGUUUUUUUGGCUCUAGCGAGACACCGUAGGUCCAAGCCCUGUGUGUUUUCCUUUUGGUUUAUCUUCAAGCCUGCUAGAUAAGUGAUUCGAAAUAGCUUCAUAAUCUGGACUGGAGUUAUUUUUAGCUGGCGAUUAAAGUGUCGUUGGAGGGUAUUUGCUGUGUCCCUGUACCUAGAAAGUGUGUAAAUCCACUGACCAGAGUGGCGGACAUAGCUAGGUCUGGAUUAGCCGCUCUUCGAGACCGCUGGAUGCUACAUUCCUACAUCGCUCUACACAUUGGGCGUCAUUAGCAAUUUAGCCCGCUACCUAGCGAACACAAAUUGCAUAUCAUCGCUAGGUUUUUACAACAUGUCAUAUCGGAGGACAAUCAAACUCGUGUGUGGAUUCGCUGGCGGAUCAGCGGUGCUGGUUGUGGCGGCUGCCGCAGCCGAAUCCCGUGGCUAUUUCGGUGAUAAGCAAGGAGAGCGAUCAGGUCAGUGGAGUCGGUUCAAUAUUCUCCAAGCUGCACAGCCAGCGACAUGGUCAACGGGGAACCACACGGUUGCAUCUACUGGACAUGCCUGGGACUUCAACUGGGAUAAGCGGGACCCGUCCCCACUGUUUACAAAUGGGAAGAAGAAGGAGAACAGCAGUGAAGACCCGAGCUCAGAGCAGGAGAAUGGCAAACCCAAAGCCACACGCAACAUCCUUUUCAUCAGGCACUCCCAGUACAACCUGAGUGGGAAUGGAGACCAUGAGAGAAUCCUCACCCCUUUAGGUCGGGAGCAGGCUGAGUUUACUGGCCAGCGGUUGGCUGCCCUGGGGCUGAAGUAUGACAUCAUGGUCUACUCCACUAUGGCCAGGGCCACCGAGACGGCCAACAUCAUCAGCAAGUACCUCCCAGGGGUAGAGCUGGUGAGCUGUGAUUUGCUGAGAGAAGGAGCACCCAUCGAACCUGUGCCUCCUGUUAAUCACUGGAAGCCUGACGCUGUGAGGUCAGAGGUCAUCUCAAACCCUCGCCUGACACCACCACUGUGGACCUCUACCGCUCUACAGCAGUACCACGAGGACGGGGCCCGGAUCGAGGCUGCCUUCCGUCGCUACAUCCACCGCGCUGACCCCAAGCAGAAGGAGGACAGCUACGAGAUCAUCGUCUGUCAUGCCAAUGUCAUCCGCUAUUUCGUGUGCAGGGCUCUGCAGUUUCCCCCAGAGGGCUGGCUGAGGAUGGGCCUGAACAACGGCAGCAUCACCUGGCUCACUGUGCGCCCCAGCGGCAGAGUGGCACUGAGGACACUGGGAGACUCAGGGUUCAUGCCCCCAGACAAACUCACACGGACCUGAGAAAUGUUCCACCUACAGUAUUCACUCGUUCUCUCCCGGAGAGCUUUAGAUCUCGGUCACAGGGUGAACUGAAUGGCUCUUGAUUUCUCCAUAAGUGUCUUGAAAGUUACUUUUGGUGUUAUUUUUGUAACUUCGACAUGCAACGAUAUACUUUUAUGUGGUGUUUUGUGAUCAACUCCUGUGCCAUCGUUUGCAAACUACAGUGCAAAAGGGGAGUAUGCAGUAUGAACUGUUGCUGUAGCCAAUCACUGAACUCCGAAAGCUGAUGGGAUGACUGCCAGUGCCCACUCAUUAUGAAUGUAAAGGGUAUAAGAGUUGAGGGACUGAAGGAUUUUAAAACCAUAACCAUUCUAAAUUUGUAUGGCAUAUUUACUGUAAUGCUGUAAAUGUUUAUGCUCAGUACUUUUGUAUUUGGAUCAAGGCUUCCUCUGAGGUUUAGAUAGUUGUUGUAUUCAGUAGAAACAUGCAAUAAAGGAGACAUGUAAAUG